UUUGAGCCUGCUCUCCCUGCAUCAUCGCAUGCCCGGGCAUUCGUCCUGCGAACAGGCUCCCGUACGGUUCAGGGAAAAGAUGGCGGAAGACGAGAAGAGUGGGGAGCCAGCGACAGACAAUACCGAGCUGCAGGUUUUCAAGGAGCUGGUGGAUGAACUGUAUAACUUCAGAGACUGCUAUUUUGAGACUCACAGCGUGGAGGAGGCCGGACAGAAGCAAAGCGAUGUCGCGCAGGAAAUGGAGAAGACGCUGAAGAAGCUGGAAGAGAAAGGAGAUGUCUACGAGCACAAAACAGAGUUUCUGCUGCAGAAGGGCCGGUGUCUGAACGUAGCUCCAGGCUUCAGCGCCGUGGCAGAGAAGUGUCUCUCCCGGGCUGUGAAGCUGGAGCCUGGCCUGGUUGAUGGCUGGAACACAUUAGGGGAGCAGUACUGGAAAAAAGGAGACCUGAUUGGCUCUAAGAACUGCUUCACAGGAGCAUUGCAGCAGAGCAAGAACAAAGUGUCUCUACGUAACCUGUCCAUGGUCCUGAGGCAGCUGCCAGCAGCGAACAGUGACGCACAUAGCAAACAGGUUAUGGAGAGUGUGGACAUGGCCCGACUAGCUGUCCAACUAGAUGUCACAGACGGGACGUCCUGGUAUAUCCUGGGAAAUGCCUACGUGUCCCUGUUUUUCAACUGUGGGCAGAAUCCUCAGUUGUCUCAGCAAGCUCUUAGUGCCUACGCUCAAUCUGAGAAAGUGGACAGAGCUGCCUGUUGUUACCCGGAGCUGCAUUUCAACCGAGCCACACUAUUCCAGUACGAGGAGAUGUUCGGCUGUGCGCUUGAAGGCUACAGCCGAGCGGCAGCACUUGACCCGGGCUGGGAGGAUCCUCCGGAGAAAGAGAAGACGCUGCUGGAGUAUCUGGAGAAAGUCACAGACCUCGUACAGAAAAAGGGGACAGUGAAGGCACGUCGGUUAAGGAACAUGCUCUCUAACCUCAACACGUCGGCUUUGGGUCCCUGCUCCUCCCCUCAGUUCCGUUCCCCCACCGGCCGUGUGGGCAGCCUAGAGCCUCGGACUCUGUCCUCCCUGUCCCACGGCCACAACGCUGGGGUGGCCGCCUUGGGCAAGGUGGUGUUCAGCCUUGCCUCUGAGGGUCGCAUGUCAUUUGCAUUCGGUAUGGUGGACAGUGAGGAGACCUGUAUGGUGGUGAUGGUUUACAAUACAGCGAACAGCUGGGGUGUGUUGAUAGGAGACAGUGUAGUAAUUCCUGAGCCUCAGCUCAAACGACACAGUAUAACACAUAAAGACAAGUCGUUUGACUUCAAAAGUAUACGAGUGGACUCGCCUCUGCUGCUCAUCGUCAACGGAAAGAAACAAAACGUCAACAGUCAGAUCGCUGCCUCCGUCAGCUACAAGCCUCAGUGUGAAUAAGCCGAGCAAGAAGCAAGAGGACCAAUCUUUUUUUUCUUCUUUUUGCUGGAAAAGCAAGGACAGUCUGGAUAUUUAUGGAAGUUUGAAGUUUCCAAAGUUUGUGCCUGUUUUGUUUUUUUAUUAUGUAAGUUUCACAUGGUCUUUAGAGACAACUUGUUUAUAUUUAUAAAUAUUUCUCCUUUUUUUAUUCUGUUGCGCAGACGUGGAGUUGAUUUUCUAAAUUAAUGAACCUGUGAUGGCGACAAUGUGAUGUCAGAAUUAUGACUUAAGUUUAUCUUAACAUUCUUUGGGUUUAGCUCAACCAGUUUACCUGCCACUUUGGUGCUGAGCCGUUACAAACUUCACAAUUCACACAAUUAACUGAAAUUAUUAAGAAACAUCAAUACAAAGCAGUGAAGGAAAUGUUUAUGCUGACCUUAUAUCAUGUCACCUUACAGUACAUGCUUGUGUCUGUAUAACUAUGAAAAUUCUCUGUCUACCGCAAGAAAAUACAAAUGGCAAGUUGAAAGA